CACACACACACACACACUCACGACGGUGAGUCCACGUCGGCUUCAAGUAUCAAUGUCAGGUGGGGUUUUGUUUCAUUUGAACAACGGUAGUUGUGCACGCCUCUUCAAAUUCCCACGUCAGUUUGGACGUUGUUCUUUUUUUUCUUUCGCAGUUGAGUUGCAAGUCAGCAGCAGCGGAAGACAAAGAAGAAGAAAAGAAAGGAAGAAAGUUGUCGCGCGGCUGCCGGCUGUCAUGUCGGUUACUUGCUGAAAACACCGCCAGGGAACCAAAGUUGUGUUGUUACGGAGCAUCUUGAUGCAAUGAUGGUCGGGUGAUGGCAGAGCUCCACAUUGACCAGUCCAACCUCCCCUGUGUGCAGGAAGUGUGCCAAAGUUUUGCUGUGUUGGAAGAUGGUGUGUUGGCACACAAUCUCCAGGAACAGGAAAUCGAGCAGUACUACACCACCAACAUUCAGAAGAACCAGCUGAUGCAGAGUGACAUCCGUGUAGCCAAGCAGCUCCAGGAUGAGGAGGAGGAGCAGCGGGCCCAGCACAGAGCCCUGCUGAGGCAAGAAUCCCGACAACUAGAGGAGCAGGACUUGGAGUAUGCUCGUGUCAUCCAGGAGGAGAUCCGGAGGCGGGCCGAGGAGGCCUGGAGGAGGGAACGGGACGACGAGGAAAUGGCUAAACAGAUGCAGGAGGAAGAAGAGCAGAUGAUGUGGAGAGCCAGGGAAGAAGAGGAGCACCGCCAAGGCUGCUCCAGCGGUUCUGCACCGCCAUCACCAAAGCAGCAUGCACUCAACAGACACCAUCCAGGUGAGGCACGGUACUCCCCUACUACCGCUAGGUGGCAGUAUUCUAACACUCCCAACCCUCCAGGUUACUAUACGCCUCCUCCACCUUACUACCCUGGCAGAGAAGGCCACGAGCAUCCCCGUGGGCAACUCAGGAGGGAAUUACAAGAGUCAUUGCAUGCAGACUCAGUUUUCUUUGAACAGAGACCAAAUAAAAGCCAAAACACAGCGCCUCUCAAUCGCAGGUCAUCAUUACGUUUGCCUCGAGAGAGAGACUACAGGACUCUCGCCACUCCCAGCAGCAUCGUGGAGGAGCCUGAAUACUGGGGACAGUAUUGUGACAGUGGUGAUCAAGAGAAGAGGACGGCACGGGACUGGGAGCAGGAAAUGAACCGCCAAGUAGAAAAUGGGACAUGGACGAUGUGCGGCAGUCAGAAUGGAGCCUCAGGAUCAGCGCAGGCCGGAGAACGGCGGUGCAGUCGUAGCGAAUCCGUUCGCAUUCCUGAUCGUCCGAGACACGGCAGCGACUUAUCCAGGACGUGGAGUUACCGAGACGGCGCCGAUAAACGUGUCCGCUUCGCAGCCGACGCCGGCAGGUCCAGUGUGCGGCCGGACACGAGCAUGCAGGUGUGGGAGAUGCUCGGCCAAGUCCUCCGAGAGCGGGGUGUUCCUGUGAGCUUGGGAGGAAGCGGGGCACCGCUGAAAAUAGGUCGUCAAAGCCCAGAAAGCCAGGCGCUUCACAGGACUGACAUCCCCUGCAGCGACUCCCGACCGCAUCGGCCAGCCUUCCAAAGAGCUGCCUCCGCCAGGCACAGUUUCCACGGCGACAUUAGGGAAAGAAGGAGAUUAUCUCACCGGGAGAACAGUGAGCGAGAUUACACAGGAUCUGAAGACUGUCACCAGAACACUGUGGUGCACUCCGGAGAGCGUUCUCAGAUCAGUGGCGUAGGCUGGCAUCUGUCAAACGGGCAGAGGCAAGGCAGUCGAAGAUGGACGCGCCAAGACGGGGGGAGCGCCGCAUGCGAGGACGCGGUGGAGAGGUCUGCUGGCAGGCAUCGGCACGAGACCGUCGACGAACGCUUCAAUUCGGAGGAGGAGCGAGAGAGGGGAGCAGAGCGGCGCCCUCAGAGAAGCCUCAGCGGCUGGCUCAGGAGGAGACGCUUGGCAGCAGGUGCAUCGCUGCCCCUGAAGACGAGGCAGACGAGCCUGGACUUGGGUGACCUGCAGCAGGUCCUACAUGAUGAGGAGCUGGCCCGCAAGCUACAAGAGCAAGAGAACACGUUGUUGGCGAGGACCUCACAACCCCAGCCGUGUAAUCCUCACCCCGAGGGAGACUUCCGUGUCGCACAGGUGGCCCAGGAUGAGGAAAUCGCUCGCUAUAUGCAAAAGCAAGAAAUCAAGUCAAAACGUCUGUCGCGAGAGUUGGAAGGACCGGCGUCGUGGCGGGAGCAACGAGCCAUGAUGAGUCAUCACGACCGGAGACUGGCACGAGACAGACAGGCACCAAGAGAGAGGCUGGACUCGGAGGGGCUUCCCUACCCCAAUGAGGACUGCUCUCCAGAGAACCAGCCGCCCAGCCCCGUCGCCAUACUCACACAAUCCCAGCAGGUCAGGAACAUUGUGGAGGAACUGGACCCAACCUUCCAGGCCAAGAGCCAAGGAGCAGACAUCCUCCAAAUGGGCCAAAGCGACAGCCCCGGUCAGUUACUUCCCAACUCGCACAACUUUCUCGUGGAGCCCACCUUCAUCCCGCCCAUUAAGCGUCAAAAGGACAAAGCUGGAUGCACGAAAUCCAAAGAGAAGAAGGAAAACUGUAAGCAACAAUAAUAACAUUAUAGGUCGAAGUGGACUUUUUUUGGUUUCUCUUUUACACUAAUUAUGACACGCACUUGUUUUCUAAACAUGAUUAGAACCUCAUCAGCACUUUAGACCAGAAAGGUUGCCAGUCAAUAUAUUCUAUAUUGUUUCUCCAAGCAUUGAAAUGGAAUUGUUCAAGGUUAUUCUGCCAUCCAUUCUAGUCUUUUUGGGUUUGUUUUUUUUUUUAACUGUAGAUCAUCGCUGUCCAACAAAAAGCAUGUAGGGUUGUUGUGCCUUGAGAUAUGAGUUAACCCUCGGAAGUCAUAACAUUUGCAUCCAUUGAAAUGAAUGGUAAUUCUUCAAUUAAAUGCUCCUCCUUUUGGUUUGCCCGCCUUGGCUACGUGGAGGUGGAAUAAGACAGCCGGAUAUCGUGUUAAGUGAGGCAUAAUUAUGACUUCCACCAGAGUUCCAGACAGGUCUUACCUCAUCAGCCGCCAAUUAUACUGCAGCCUAGAAAUCAUGUGGCAUUCAUUAGAACGUCUCAACUCUGAGCUGAGUUCGUCAGUUGGCACUAAUAUUUGUCAUCGUAUGGAGAGGAUGUGACUGUGAGUGAGGUUGGAUUAUCUGCCUACAUGCCGUGUGCUCUUGCGUAAAGGGGCUCAAGCCUAAAGUGUAGUUGUCUUUGUUUUAAGUUGAGUUUGUCAGUUAGUCACACUAAAGAGCUCAAAGAAUUGUUCACUCUUUGCCAAAGUGACGCAUUUUGUAAAGGGGGUUGAGUUGAGUUCAUCGCCUCCAUAAAGCGCUCGUAUCUCAUGUCCACACUCGCAAGUCGAAGCCAAAAACGGUUGAUUAAUGGAUGGCUUGUGUCUCAAGCAACUUGUAAAUCAGGUCACUCAUGUCUCAAGGGACAUCCAAACUUUGUGGGGAUUUUUUUUUUUUGUAGCUAAAAAGCACAAUUGUUUUGUCUUGUUAUAUUAAAAAUUGCAACUGCAUGCUUUUGUCCUUUGUCUAUUAUUUUAUAAAAUAUUUGAAUACAACAGCACACCUGGAUUUUUUUCAAUUUGUGGCGGGAGUUAGUUUUCUGUACUCUAUUUUUACCUUCAAUAAAGGAAGUAAAACCUGU